AUGUUUCAGCGCUUGGCUGUUGCCAGGCAGACACGAAUUCGCCAGCAAGCCUGCCUGGAAAGCAAGUGGAAUGUGGCAUUGGCUGGAAUGAGUGAUCAGAUCAGCAUCGCUCCCGAGAGGCGACGAUUCAAAAUGCAGAAGGAAUUUGCUGAAUUGCUUUAUAAAGCUGGUCUUUGGGAAGAAGCUCUGGAACAGUUUCUUCGAGUUCAGGAGGCGGCGCCAAGCAACAUCGAAGCAAUGAUGGCACUUGCUCAGAUCUUCAGCAAGCUUGGCCGAACUGACGGACUCGUCCAUCUCGAGAAUCAGGUGAAGCGGAUUUGUUGUGAUCCGGAGGACUUUCGCUUAGAGCUCGAACUAUCCUCUCGCCUUGGCAAGUUCAAGACUGAGGCACAAGCUGUUUCGACCGAUGCCCCCGUCGAGCGCCGAAUCGAAAACUAUGCCAUCUGGUACCUGGAGUCUGUGACGGCCGUGUCGCAACAUUCGGCUAUUUACCAUCUCCUCUCCAAGGACCUGAAACGAGGCACUCCGAAUCCUAGAGGACGCGGAAGAAGUGUUUGGUCCAAGGUCUGGCACACCACUCUGUUGGCUGAAGUGGGGGCCAACGCUGAAGGUCCACUGCCCUGGUUGGAGCGGGACUACACACCCAUCAGCACAUCCCAAGAAUGGGAGCGGGGUCACUGCGACCUUUUAGUCAAGGUUUACAAAGAUGGCCAGGCAACGUCCUGGCUGAGCCGGCAGCCGCUGGGCACCCGGAUCUGGCUCUCGCAGCCCUUGAGAACUUUGGGUGUUCCAAGCUUGGUGCCGCAGUCGGAGUUGAACGAAACCGGAUUUCGCCCUGCUAGCUAUCUGCUCCUCCUUGCAGGAACUGGCAUUGUCGUGGCUGAGCAGGUCUUGCACCAUACUGAGACGGGCAAGUGCUUCGGCGCCUCCCCGGCCAUUACCUCGCCAAUCAGGCUGAUACAGUCAUGCCGGUCCGACGACGUCCUCAUGACCUCCGAACUCCUUGGUUGGUGUAACAAAGGAAAGCUACAGAGAUGGAGUCUCCUCCUGGCGGAGGCGCAAGCUGGGAUGACACCUUUUCCAGAUGCCAAGGGCUCAGACUUGGCAUCUUUGGUAUCCUGUCCUCAUGUAGCAGUUUUCCAUUGCAGACUCUCUAGGGAACUCAUCCAAAAGGAGCUUGGCCUUUGCCCAAAGCCCUGCCGGGUGGUUGUUUCGGGUCCUGCUGGCUUCAAUGCGGCAUGCAAGGGCAUGCUGCAGGAUGUAGGAUGCGAAACAGGCGCUGUUACAAUCUUGAGCGCCUAA